AAACAAGCCAAAAAAGUUUUCUUUGUCAUUAGUGUCUGUCAUCAUUUUAAAAUAACAUUUUAAUUUUAAUAGUUUCUGUAGUAUCAAAGGGAAUUCAACCAAAAUUUGGUGUUAACUGAAAUGAGAAUUGGACAUUUUGUGUCGCGACAUUUUAUCGUAUUUCCGUAAUGUGUUUCCAGUUUGAGAAAGCUCGAAGUGAAAGAUGAAGAAUUUUGACAAAAUCAAGUUAUUUUCUGGUCCAACGUUUUCACGAUACAGAAGUACAACUCACCGAUAAACACGUAAAACCUAAAACUCACCCGUCAUUUAUAAAUGUAAUGAAGAAAUAUUUUCUGAAAAGGAAUGAACUAUCCAAAAGAAGAGAAAAUUCCUUCCAUUUUCCGGAAAAAUUUGAGAAUUUUUCAAAUGCUGGCGUGGAAACAUUAUUGUGAAGAAAAGUAGAAAAUAGAAAACAGAGAUUAUAAAAAAGAGGACGAAAAUAAACAUGGAGUCUUGUUCGGCAGUUGGUAAAGAAGAAGAGAAGCUUUCUAAAAAAUAUAAGGCUUUCCGUGAACAUACUGAAGCAUCUUUAGAAGAUACUUUGAAGCAUUUGUCCAGUCUGCGUGAAGAGUUGUCUAAAGGUGCGAAAGUGCAUCAUGUUAUAAAAUUUAUAUAGGUUGUGUUGUAAACAGUUAAUUUUUUUUGAUGAUGUUUAGUAGUGUGAACACAGAAUUAAACACCUACAGAAGUCCCACUUCUUGUUGGUGACUUGGUGCCUUUGGUGUUAGCGUAUUAAAAAACUGGCACCAUCCAAUAAUUCACAAUUGCAAAGCGCUCACCAUGUCCCGGCCUAGCUAGUGUGCUAAGGAGAAGCAGAAGUUGUCACCCCCCUGAAAACAUUCAAAAUAGCCAGCUUGGCUUAGGCAUUCAGGGAGGCGAGAGCCUUUCGUAAGCACACUGGCUGGGAACAUACUUAUAAAUUGUAAUCACUUUGUUAGCCUGUGAACAUACUGUAAUCUGAUUGGUUGUGACUGAACGUAAUGGGUUCUGAUUGACUGGGCUUAAAUACCAACAAACCUUUGACUUUGAUUUUCAAAAUUGAAAUAAUAUUCUCUUGACACUUCAUGUUCAUGUAUCUACUAAGUUUACAGUAACUAUGGCCAAUCCAAAUCAACUGCCCAGAUCUGGGUAGCACUGCACCAGACUGGAAAGUUUGGAAAUUGCACGCCGGAGAUUUCGAAAAUUUAAUAGUAAAUAUAUAGAAAGCAUCAAAAUUGCUUGCCGGAGAUAUCCGCCGUGCGAUACAAACUUUCCACACUGGGCACUGCAGGCCACUGCUGGGGGGCCAAUAAUUUCACAGACUGUAUUACAGCAGUCUGUGCACAGGCUAUCGCUUUGUUUCUAUAGUCUAACUAUACAAUAUUACAUUUAGGAUGCUAAUGCUAUAAUUUAGGGAUGCACCGGAACUCAGUUCUGGUUGGUUAGUUCCGGCCGGAACCUCGAUUUUUCAGAGUUCCAGUUCCGGCCAGAACUAAUAAAAAAAGCAUGGCUGGAACCGAAACUCUGUUAUUUUCAGAGAGAUAGAAUAUCAAACGUUUUUGUGCCUAACAAAAGUUCACAGUAGGAAGAAAUUUGGACUACACAAGGAAAAUAUACACCAUUAACACUUCAUUAUGACGUUUAACAUUUGUCAAUCUUGUUUUUCUAACACUUGCAAGCUUUCUCCUUGAUGACUUGAAGUAUCUGGCAGCAGACAAAGUAACAUAUGGCCAUAUAUGAGAUCCGGUUCCGGUCAGAACUUUAAAAAUUGGUUCUCGUGCACCCCUACUAUAAUUGGCUGUUACAAGCCCAAAAAAUCAUGCACGUAAAUCUCCAAAUUGCUAGACGAAGAGCAAUUCAUAUUUACAGAGAAUUACGGUAACUAAACAAAAUGCCGUUUGGAUAAAAAUACCUGAACAUAAAACAACUAAAUAUUAUUAGUGUGAGUAAAAUGCUACUCGUUAUAAUACCGAACACUUUUAUGACACAUUUUACUGGUUUUUACGAUAUAUUUACGAAUAAGCUUCACACUUAGUCACUUUGAUUAUAGUCAGUUUUAAGUUUGUUAACUUUGUUUAAAGAUUUACUGUUUCAAAGUACAGUAAGUAACACUUGUCUAACAUUUUGCAAUUUCACAACUUGAACAGUGCGCACCCAAAGGUAAUGACGGACGUUAUCGACAGCUUGUGUUCAAUUUUGGACAUGUUUUUGCGCCUUAAAUAAGAUGCCACUUAAUUAUGUUGCGACUUAUUUUCUCUUGAAUGUAUAAAUGGCCCUAUUGUUAUUUUAAAAGAAUCCUAAUUACCCAUUUAGUUGAUAAUGAAAGUCAAUUAACAAGUACACAGCUUGAGAUACUUGGUGAUAUUUCAAAGAAAGUUGACAAUAUAGUUUCGCAAGUGGCAGGAGAACAUAAAGACAUGCAUGGUGCUCUUUCAAAGAUUGGAAAAUCAAUUGAUAGGGUGAGUGGAAUUAUGCCAAACAUGGGUUGAGAUGAGGUAUUUUAUAGUAUCCUACUAGGUAGCCAGGGCGAUUUAAAAAAAGCAAACUAAAAAAUGUAAAAUAAACUGAUAAAACUGUUUUUAUCCACAUCAUAUUGAUAUUUGAAAUCAUGUUUCAUUAUGUCAUUGUCAAUUAUCAAUCUGACUUGUGCAAAAAGUCAGAAAAAGGGCUGUGAAAAAUAAGAUCAAAGCAUUUGAUUUAUUUUACUUUUUAUUCUCUAAAAUGCUUCAUAAUUUACAUGAGGAAGGGGAGAAAAAUUUGUUUCUGAUAAUACUGUAGUACUGCGGAUUCAGGUAGACCGUGAAAUGCGAAUAGUUGUCGCGUUAGUUUUAACAGUUGUACGAUGACGUUUCUAGGCAGAUUUUCGACGUUUCUAAGGCGUGGCUUCAACGUUUAUUUUUAAAAUUUGAACGUUGUAAUUACAAGGUAAUUGCUAAAUAGUAUACUUCAAAAUAAGGUUUACGUUUUUAUAACGUAGAAAAAAUAUCCUAACGCAAAACUAAACCCUAACCUAACCCUAACUUAUUCAAAAAAUUGACAUAAAAACGGAAACCUUAUUUUGAAGUAUACUAUCUGGCAAUUACCUUGUAAUUACAACGUUCAAUUUUUAAAAAUAAACGUUGAAGCCACGCCUUAGAAACGUCGAAAAUCUGCCUAGAAACGUCAUCGUACAACUGUUAAAACUAACGCGACAACUAUUCGCAUUUCACGGUCUACCUGAAUCCGCAGUAAGUGUAUUAGGACAUCUGAAGGGGGGGGGGGGGGUUAACUUCUAAUUUCCUCUGGAGGAGGUAUGGGUGUGUCUGGAAUGACCCAUUAAGGCCAUUUAUCACUUUAUGCAAUGGAUACAUCUACAGUAAUGUAAUCCUGUACUUCCAAGUUAACACCAUGUGUAGCAGUAAAGUUGUGUGAUAACUAAAAACUCUUCAGAGUGUUUAAUAGCCAGAAAGAAAAAAAUCUGCAAGUGACUGUAAUUGGAAAAUUCAAUUAGUGUGCAACAAGCCGCCUUUUUUUUGGGUGGAUGCAUCCUCAGAACACUGAUCUGGUCCUAAAGUUUUAAAUUUGAACAAUCUUAUAUUUUCAUUUUUUUUUCAUAAUAGUUAAUAUAUGUUUCUUGCAGACCUAAAUUGGGAAAUUGCUAGCCAGGUGUAUAACACCAAAUCUUUGGCUGUAGCUAAUACUCUACACUUACCAAGAACCAUUGUAUACUAAAUUAGCAUUAAUAUGUCAAAUGCCUAGAAUUUUGUUCAAGACAAUACUGGUGUCAGUCAGCCAAGGGUUUUUGUUGGUGAGAAAUCUUCAGCUUUAAAUGAAGUUUUAUGUCAGCAUUUCUUCCGACAAGGAAGGCUGGAAAUUGGAGAAAGUUUGGUCAAGGUAAAUUAUAAGUUUGUUAUUGUAUACUAUUUAACCCAUUAAGUUUUUGUACCCUACUUUAUUAUUUUACUCUGCCAGACCAUUUUACUUGUCAAGGCUGCUCAGUAAGUUAAUAUCUGCAGUUCUGGUCUUUUGCCUAAUAUAUAGGGUUACAAGGUAGCAACCACUCUCAUUUUUCACCGAAAUGAGAAGUGGUAAAAAGUGCUGGGCAGUUUUUAUUCAUGAUAUGGUCACUCAGGGACUUAUUAGCCAGCUCCUCUUUGAUGCAAAAACAAGCAAAGAGCAUUAAAUAAUAGUAUACAUGUCAGGAAUACAGAGCAUUUUGAGUCUAGUUAAAUUAUGUAUCUUUAUAAGGUGUAGCAGGGGGUAUCCCCCUUGCCCACUUCACCGAGUGCAAGAAAGAAAAGUCGAUCAAUAUAUAUGAUUGGUUAAAAUAAUCUGAUCACAACGAACCCACUCCCAAACACACUUCACGGUCACUGUGUAGUUAGUGUGCAUUUCUCAUAUGUCAGUUGAUAUUUAAUUUCCAGGAAGCUGAUCUGAGUAUUGAUGAAACUAAGAAACUGCCAUUUACAGAACUAAAUUUCAUUCUUGAUGCUUGCCGCCAGAGAUGUCUGGACCAUGCAUUAAGGUAUUAA